AUGCCCUUCAGGGUGCUAGUGGCACCACUGCCACUGCAUUUCCUGUUGGCAGCAGUGAGCAGUGAAAACAGAAGUGAAGUAGGCAGCGGAGACAGAAAUAGCUUGCGCGCGAUUCACCAGAGCCUUCCCAGGCCCAGUGUCUGGCUCCAGAGCCUCGGUUGUCCUGAUCUCAACAGCUGAUAAAGGCCACCGCUAGGACAGGAAGCCCUCAGCCGGCCCAGUUUACGCGCCCUGCACAGUGCGGAGAGAACCCGCGGGAACCACUCUGCGCCUGGGGCCCUCAGCCCGCUUGGGCUCGGGUUCACUCCUGGGGGGCGGCCGACCGCGAUGUCAGGGCGCGUUUCUCUCCGCGCAGCCAAGGGGACCCUAGGCCCGUGGCUGCUAGGUGGCCUCUGGGUUUGCGCGCUGGGUGGCCUGUGUGGCCUGGGGACUGCAGGCUCCCCGGGGGCGCCGCACCCCUGUCAGGCGCCGCAGCAGUGGGAGGGACGCCAGGUUCUUUAUCAGCAGAGCAGCGGGCACAACAGUCGCGCCCUGCUGUCCUACGAUGGGCUCAACCAGCGCGUGCGGGUGCUGGACGAGAGGAAGGCGCUGAUCCCCUGCAAGAGAUUAUUUGAAUAUAUUUUGCUCUAUAAGGAUGGAGUGAUGUUUCAGAUUGAACAAGCCACCAAGCAGUGCUCAAAGAUCACCCUGACAGAACCCUGGGAUCCUCUCGACAUUCCUCAGAACUCUACUUUUGAAGACCAGUACUCCAUUGGGGGGCCUCAGGAGCAGAUCACUGUCCAGGAGUGGUCCAACAGAAAGUCAGCUCGAUCCUAUGAAACCUGGAUCGGCAUUUAUACAGCCAAGGAUUGUUAUCCUGUCCAGGAAACCUUCAUUAGAAAUUAUAGUGUGGUACUGUCCACGCGAUUUUUUGAUGUACAACUGGGCAUUAAAGACCCCUCCGUGUUUACCCCUCCGAGCACGUGCCAGAUGGCCCAGCUGGAGAAGAUGAGUGAGGAUUGCACCUGGUGAGCCUGGGAAUGCAGAAGUGACUGCCUUGAACUCCAAGCUGAAAACAGAUUGGAGACUGGUUGGGAUGAGGAUCUUCACUGGGGAUAUAGUUUUAGGAUGCUAAACACUGAAGUAAGGUUUUUCCUGCGUCUGACUUUGACUGCUCAGCUACAUAUACAGAAGGAAAUUGAAUGGAGAACAUGUGGCCCUCUGAGAUGACCACUAGCAUUGUCACUUCAGUUAUUGCUAAAGCUUAUUUUGCUUUCCAUGUGCAUCGAUGCCAAUUCAGUGUCAUGGCAUAUGAAGGGGUGAAGGGUUAGCAGGAGCAGUUUGCCUUGGCAGGGAUGAAUAUUUUAUCACUGACAUUGUUAAGAAUUGAUGGUGAUAAUAAAAUGCAGGAUGAUUUUGGUCAGUGUUCAUUGUUAAGUUCCCUAUAAGGAAAGUUCCUUGCUUCACUGUCCAGGUGGCAUCUGUUUCUGCUGAUGCUCACCCUGAUCCUGCCCCUAUAAUGCACAAAAUGACCCCCUAAAUUCCUUUCAGAAUUAAGAGCUCUAUGACAUGACCCAUGGAUAGAAAUAUUUUGGAAGGAAAUGAAAGGCUAUUACAUGAAGUAUUAAUUCCUUGAAAGGGGAAAGAAAAAGAAACAGAAAGACUUUUGAAGCAGGAGGAUUUGGACAAUCAUGUUUAUACUUGAUGAAGCACAAACCAUGUAUGCUUCCUGUUUUCUAUGCAAGAGUAUCGAUUUAUGUGCAGAAUCUUGACUUUCUUGUCAAUGGACAGAUAGUGUUCUAAAGUACCCCUGUACCGGGUAUCAGGAGGCUAUUGUCUCCCAAAUGCAGGAUUAGAACUCCCUUGUACUCUAGCUCCUUUGGUUAUUAAGUACACUAGACUUGCCCUCACCUUGGCCUUGCUGGGACUGUUUCACAGUCUCUGUUGUCUAUCUGACGUCUGCUCGUCCUUCCCAGGUCAGCUCACACACGACAUUCUCUGAGAGCUACUCCCAAGCCUGGAUUAGUUGCACUUGCAGGUUGAGCAUGCUUUUCUCACAAUACUUAUGCUGUGUGAUGAUUUCCUGCCUUCUGGAUGCUGUCUCCCCCUGCCCUGGCUAAGAGCCCCUUGAGUACGGGUACACUGCUCUGUUUACGUUUUUUAUCCCCGGUACCAAGCAAGUGCCUGGCACAUGAUCAGUGCCCUCAACAUUUGUAGAGUUGAGAAUACUAGCCUCUAGUUCUCAGUUUCCUCAUCUGUUAAGUAGGGUUGGGUUUGCUGAUUGCUGGGUAGACCUUCAGUAAUACAAUUUAUUAUUCUAGAUUCUUCUAUUGUAGUUCAUCUGGCCAUAUCCUUUAGUUAUCAAAAUAAAUGUGUGAUACCUAUAUCAUGUCCAAAACAAUCUGUAUUACUCACAGUUUAUCUAUAUUAAUAAACUAAUUUAAGCACA